GAGCUCGCGCAGUGCUCAGAAUCACUUCUCUUAUUUUGAAUUAACCGACCGUUACAUUCAGUUAACGAAGGAGCUGAACGUUAAACUGACGUCGUGAAUUAACGGGAGGAGAAUGUCAACAGCCGGAAUCAUUAUUUCCCAGGUACAUCUGGAUGAAGAUUUCCCCUUUUGUUGUGACAGAGUUUGGUCUUCAAGUUAAGACUGUCUAAAGGAAAACCUCCACAAUAUUUGACUCAUAAAAUCAUCAACAACUCAAGGACUGCAUGAGAGAAACGUAAGACGUACACCUCAAACGACUGGCAGUGUGUAAAACAAGAAGGUCCUAAAGGAUCCAAAACAGACAACCAACAUCUCAGUAAAGAGAACUGAAAAGCUGGUAGACCCUUUAACUUUCCCCCAAAAGCUCAGUGCUUUUACUGAACAUGUGUCAUAACAGGAGGUCAGCAUAUAAGCAAAGAUGAACCCUUACGUCACGUCACACUUCAGGAGGGAUCUCUUUCCCCAUUUCCAUUUGUUGUAGACUUUUGUCAACCCUGCUGUUACUGGGUGAAUGAAAUGGCUUCUUCUAUACUUGUACAGUCAUAGCAGUAGCUCUUGUCUGUUGUUUUUCAGUCCUCUUUGUACUCACCAGAGUGCAGGGUUUGAUUGUGUCUACUGUUUCAAAGAGGAUAUGGAUACUCUGUAUUCUUGUCAGCAUUCAGAAUUCAGAGUUCUCGGAAAAUGUAUGGACAAGGUAGCCUUUUGUGAUCUGGUUCAAACACAGAUGAUGAGUAAGAGACCCCGAUCCACAAACCCAGUUACACUCUCAGCCACUUAAUUCUCAGCACUUUUCAGCUCCUUUCCCAUUGAUCUAUCUACUUUGGCAUCUGACGUCCAGGAAUACAUAGAAAACUUUCCCAGGCGUAGGAGCUUUCUCAGCCGUAAUGCUGAGCUGUAAUGAGGGGUUGUGAAACUGAAGAGCACUUUGAUCGUAAGAAUUGGCAUGUUUUUUGUUUUUUUUUACUUUUUUGACUGCAUGUCGGGAAUGUUUUUAUCAUAUUGUCAUGUUUUAAGUUAAUUAAGCGCAUUUGUUUGUCCUUGUCUGGCUGCAUCUUGUCACAAUAUAUUUUAGAGGAAACCCUGUAGUGAACUGUUUAGCUUUUACAUGUUUCCAUCUCCAUGCUACUUCUCCAUCAUUGUGUAGGUUUUAUCAUUCAAUGCCUGCUCGAGACCUCUCCUUUUAUUGUUUAGAAUUGAACAGAGCCAAUCCUGCAUGUUUUUGCAAUGUCUGUUGAGCUCAUUCCAGCCCUACCGCUCCUUGUCAGAAGAAUUCUUGCAAAUUAACACAAAUAGACUCCUUGGGCUACUACUGACAUCCGUUUUUUUCAGCUCACCUCACUCAGUGAGUAUGCUUUAAGGACAGUGGUUGUUGAUGAACGCACCUGUGGACCUACUUCAAGAAAUCCCACUCUGUUUCACUGGAAUGAUAGACUCUAUUGGGAGACAUCAUUUCAAGUUGAAGGAAGUAAGUGACUGAUCAGUGGCCUUGGAGGGAAUUAUCCUCUGGUUAACUUUGGCCACUAUGGACUUGCAAUUAUCUCUUCAUUAAGAACGACUGAAAGACUGACUUUGUUAGCACCACACAGUUAUUUGACUGUGCAAAGGUGCUUAAUUGCCACAUCAACAAUCAAAUCAAGUCUCUUUGAGGAAUACGGAAAUACUGUGCACCAUUAGAGAGAGGGGACUUUUUAGUACAUGAUGGGAGCGGCACGUGUGAAACGCCGCUUCAGUGCUGUGGUGGAUGGGCCAGUUGAGGAGGAGGAGGUCAUGAGGCUGGCACAGAGUGCUGCAGAUACGGCUAGGGCAGGGGGGAGUCCAACGGGGUCAGGGACCCCAACCAGCCCCUCCCCGACCCAUGCCCUGAAUGGCAAACCUCUACCUCUCCAGAGCAACACCAACAAUGCACGGAGGCAGAGUGCCAUUGGAGAGUCAGUUGGGGGAGACGCAGGAGAAGGCGGGGUGAGAGCAGGAGGAAUGUGCUCAGGGCUAAGAGGCAGUAGUGUAGGAGGAAGAGGAAAAGGCCAUUCAUCCUCGGACCAGGAAUCACUCUCUUCCCCCGUCACUACCAACCGCCGGCGCACCAGGCGCUCAAGCCGCCGGCCCCGUCAGCGCUUUGUGGGCAAGGACGGACGCUGCAACGUCACCUUCGUCAACAUGAGCGAGAGGGGCCAGCGCUACCUUAGCGACCUCUUCACCACCUGUGUGGACAUCCGCUGGCGCUGGAUGCUGGUCAUCUUCACCCUCUCCUUCCUUCUCUCCUGGCUGCUCUUUGGAUUUGCCUUCUGGCUCAUUGCCUCCUUGCAUGGGGACCUCUCCAUUCGGCUCACCCCCAGCUCGGGUUCCUCUCCAGGUUCCGGGGAGGCGGGGUCUGGAGGAGAGUCUGAUAGAGAGGCAGUGGUUGAGGAGCCGUGCUUCCUUCAGGUGAACAGCUUCAUGGCGGCCUUUCUAUUCUCCUUGGAGACGCAGACAUCUAUCGGUUACGGUUUCAGAAGCGUGACCGAAGAAUGUCCCCUGGCGGUGGUGGCGGUCGUUUUGCAGUGCAUUGUGGGCUGCAUUAUUGACGCCUUCAUCAUCGGGGCAGUUAUGGCAAAGAUUGCCAAGCCCAAGAAGCGCAACGAGACACUGGUGUUCUCUGACACAGCUGUGGUGGCGCUGAGGGAUGGGAAACUCUGCAUGAUGUGGAGGGUCGGAAACCUACGCAAGAGCCACCUGGUAGAGGCACAUGUUCGAGCACAGCUACUGAAGCCAAGGGUAACCGAAGAGGGGGAGUUCCUCCCGCUGGACAACAUGGACAUCAACGUGGGAUUUGACACUGGCACGGACCGCAUCUUCUUGGUCUCGCCAGUGACAAUUGUCCAUGAGAUCAACGACGAGUCACCCUUCUUUGAGAUCGACCAAAAGACCCUGGAGAAUGACUCUGAAUUGGAGGUAGUGGUCAUACUCGAGGGCAUGGUGGAGGCCACAGCCAUGACCACACAGUGCCGUAGCUCCUAUCUGGCUUCUGAGAUCCUCUGGGGACACCGCUUCGAACCAGUGCUCUUCGAGAGGAAAGACUGCUACCAGGUGGACUACUCGUUCUUCCAUCGAACAUACAAAAUCCCGACGACACCUUCAUGCAGUGCUAAAGAGCUGGCCGAGCAGAAGUACAUUCAAAGCUCACGCUCAUCAUUCUGCUAUGAGAACGAAGUUGCUCUGCAGCUCGUCUCUCCUGAUGAUGAGCCUGACCAAGACCCUGAGUGUCCCUCUCCAGUGACCCGAAGGCAAUCCCUGGCAGAACAUCUCCACUACAACUGAACCUGUGGGAUAGAAAGCCUUAAGGGAAAAAAGACAAGAGCUUGACCCAGAGGUUUAGAGGAAGAAUAGGCACAAAGAGAGGGUUAGACCAGGUAGGAAUGGGCAGACCAAGAGAGACAGGAUUAAAGAUACAUAGCACCAGUGCCAGAAUAGAGGACAGGAAGGAACACUGUUAACAAUGACUGGACAGAACAGAAAGGACAGAAUAGCAAGUGAAGAGAUCCAUUAGAACUUUUACAAGUUUUAAAGAUUUAGAUAAGUAGCACUUCACAGAUUACUGUAGACUGCACAGGGAAAGGAAAUGAACAGAUUGAAAGACAGUGGGAGGUUAUGGAGAGAAGAGUUACUACACUGGCUUAGUUGUCUGAUUGGUCCUGGCAAUCUUUCAGGAUCUUUGAAAACUUGUCUGCUAAGUCUCACAUCUGGCCCGUCACUACCACAACACGCCCAUCUGGCUCCAAUGCCUGAGUGGCAGAACAUGCAACAACACCCCAUGGUGGUUCUACCAUGCAACUGCACCUCCAGUUUUAUUACCUGUGGACAUCUUUGACCUCUUUUUGAGGUGGCUUCUGUAUGAAGUGAAUGGAAGUGUAUCUUCUGAGGUACAACUCAGGAAUGUAUUCCACUAUGCUGACUUAUCAUUUUACUGUUUUAUUUUGGUAUGGUAAGUAUGGAUAGUGCACUGUUGAGAAUGUAGUUGGGUUUUAGGCUAGGCUACUUGUAGAGCCAAGGCAGAGCAACGGUAACAUGGAGAAACGGCUGAAAACUAGCAGCAGUUUUGAGCAGUUUCUUUUCCAUGUUAUGUACUCUAUGUUGUUUGUUUUUUGGCUAUAUUUUUCUAUGUGUCAUGCAAAAAAAAUGUUGACUGAUUGUAACAUUUGCUUCAUUUAAUCUUAGAUUUUGUGUUGAGUCGAAUGGCAUGUGGUCUGAGGAAGCAUUGUAGUGUAAGUCAGACUACUGCAGUGGUACAAAAUGACAGACGAUGGCUGUGUCCGUACUAGUUGCACUGCUAUCCACAACAUCCUCUCAUGUCCUAAAAUCAACCACACUGUAUUGUUUUGUUCUGUUAAGUUUGGAUCGUAGUACUUAGCGACCAAGCUAUGGCAUUAUAAUCUUUUAAGUGUCUUGGCACUUGGAAGACCCUCUGAUGGUUUGGACUGAAUCCAAGUUUAAAGGGGUUGCUCUCAUUGACUCUGUAAAUACACAGGAGGCCUCAAGUGACCUCCAACAUCACUACAACAUAACUCAGUGGAAGAGGUGUUGUGACGAUGGUGAUGAUGGCUUGCCGUCUCUCCACCUUUGAGAAUAAACCAUUUGACUGACAUCUGCACAAGUGGAUGUGGAUUGGACUGGAAACUACACCACAUUCAUAGUCAAUAAGUCAGUAUUUUUGUGCCCAUAAAAUCAUGUGACACCCUACUUUAAUUCUGAUGUGUUACAGUUGGUUUUUCUCGCAGAUUGUGAGAACAGUGUGGUGAGUGGUGCCUUCAUAACAAACCAGAGAUUUUGGCCCUUCAUCUGCAGCAGUUAAUUUCAUGUUUGAAAUGUGCUUAAAGCUUAUUUUUAUCGUGUGUAUUUGCAUACUGCUGCUUAUGCAAGAGUGUUUUUUCACUUUAACAUUUGCAGGAUGUUCUAAGUAGGCAAAAAUGUCUAAGCUGUGAAUCUGCUCGGUAACUGCGUCGUCUCAAUAUGACCAUGCACUGAUAACGUAAAGAGGCAUUUAGCUGUAUUGUGUUAUAGACCAUGUUGUAGUUGCACUUUGUAAUUAUAUUACAGAGCACUUGGAUUGUUAAUUUAAGACCCUGUAGUGAUUUACAGUAAAUUAUGCCACCUGAGUGUUUAAGUGUUUCACUACAGAAAGUGUUGGUAAAGGUAACGCAGUGUCAGGAAUGCAACAUGAUAUUAAGUGUUGACCAAUAAUCAGCCCGUCCAACGCACAUCCUGGGAACCUUUUCUUUGUACUUUGCACUAAAGUAGUAUAUGAAGAUUGAUAUCACUAAUUAAGCUCUACAACAGCACAGUAGUGUUGCUGGAUCAGCACAUGUUUAACCUCAAUCCAUCAGUCGCAGUGUUUCAAUUCAGUUUUUGAAAGAUUUUUUUUAUAGUUACCUCGAGGUGAGGUAAGGUAUUGAUAACAUAUUAUCUGUUACAAUUAGUGUUCCUGCUGUUUAAUGUUUGUGUCCUCCUUUGCACUUCUCCUUUGUGACUGCCAUGUUCUAUUUAUAGGCUGCGUGGUGGGUCAUGUCUUUCACCCUGCCUCCACUUGUAACUUGAACUUACUGCACCAUCACUUUAACUAUGAAGGCGCUUUUUAAAAACCCCAGAAAGAAAUAGACACAUUAUUUGGUCAUUUCACUGGCUGCUUAGGAAUCACUUCUCACAGUACACACAUUUUUAAUUGUAGGUAUUUAUAAUACACAUUGUGUAAAAUACAUAGUAUACUGUCAUACAUUUUUAAUAAAUGAGUGAGAUGAAAACAAUAAAAGCUGUACUACCUUUCCAAGGUUAUUUUUCUAAAGAGAUAGGGAAACUUCUCUGCUCCAACACUGAAAUGUAAUUUAAGAGCUGCCUCAGGCACAGAGCAGCUCCAAAUGAAGCUGAACUGUGUUGUAGAGCAAAUAAAACACUGGAAUGGAAUUGUAAUUAUUGGUUGCUUCUUUCUUUAUUCUCCCUGUAGCUCAGGAGACAAGCCUACUGCCCAUUUUAAAAAUGUCACAGAUGGCAAGUGUUGUUUAUCACUGCUCUCACAGUCUCAGCUGCAUUUACAUUAAACUGCUAUGAUUAGAUUUUUAACAAAAUGCAAAAGAUAAGGGGAUGCAGAUUGUGCUUGUAAUGUCCUCAUAGAGAUUAAUGUUUAUAGAUACACAUCAAAUGAUCAAACCCUGUUUUGUCACAGAACUUUUGUUUUUCCUGUGCAAUGUCCAUAACUUGAUAUUUUCAAGGAACCUAGACCUUAAGCAAACUAUUUAUUUUUUUUAACAGGAAAAAGUGGAAGAAUGUGGAAACUGUGAUGUUAAUAAAA